UGAUCUGCGGCCGCCAUUAAAGCGGAAGCAGCCGCCGCUCCGCGGAGUUCAGCUCCUUGUUGAUCGGUUCAGAGAAAUAAUCCGGUUUCUCUUCGGUCCCGCGGCCGUUUGAGGGUCCGUGAGGCUGAAGCUGCUGAAGCUGCGGAGAUAACCGAUGAUUCUCCGGCCGAAUCCGACUGUUUGCUUUGUUUACACAGUUAGCUCGGUGGCUAGCGUUAGCUUAGCUCGUGAGCUAGCGUUAGCUUAGCUCGUGUAGCUCUAAAUGGGACGAGGAGCGGGACGGAACCGGCCCCCCAUGGGGCCCCCGGGGGAAGACGGGCCUCCGUUCGACAUGGGUCCACCGGGCUGGGGUCCUCCUCCGCCGGGAGGCUGGGGCCCUCCGCCGCCUGGUGGAUGGGGGCCACCGCCGCCUGAAGAAUGGGGCCCUCCGCCGCCCGGAGGGUGGGGCCCUCCGCCGCCCGGUGGAUGGGGGCCCCCACCGCCCGGUGGAUGGGGGCCCCCGCCGCCUGGAGGAUGGGGGCCGAGAGGGCCUCCUCCCCCAGACUGGGGUCCAAGAGGACCGCCGCCACCGGGCUGGGGGCCUCAUCCUGAAGACUGGAUGCCUCCUCCAGACUGGGGCCCUCACCCAGAAGACUGGAGACCCCCACACCCCAACGACUGGAGGGGCCCUCACCCUGAUGACUGGAGGGGUCCUCACCCGGACGACUGGAGGCCCCCUCACCCCGAUGACUGGAGACCUCCCCGCGAAGCCUGGGGACCACUUGGCUGGGGUCCGGAAGGUCUCCCUGAACCGUGGGGCCCCGAACACGGUCCACCUGGACCCAUACCUCCUGUUCCACCUCCUGGUCCGCCUCCUCCUGUUGGGAUUCCUCCUCCGGACCCCGCAGUCUACGGACCGGUCCCUGUACCUCCCAUCCCCCCUGCAGUCUGCGGGCCCCCCAUGGGGUACCCGCCGGCCUACCCGCCUCCCGGCUGGACCGCAGAGACUAUAGUUGAGGAGCCGAUGCCGAACCCUCCCCCAGACCAGCCUGAGUGGAUUAAAGCACUGAUUUCAGCUCCGGCCUCUGAGGCCCCUGGGGAGCCCAAGAAACCCACAGAGGAGCCCGCCGUCCCUCCUGCUCCUGCAGCGGACACCCCCGCGGCCCCGAAACCCAAACCUAAACCCAAACCCAAACCGGACCUCACCAAGACCGCCAAAGCCCUCGGCCUGCUGGGAAAACGCACCUUUGAUAAACCUCCUCCGGGCCGGUCCACGGGGAUCAUCUCGUUCAUCGGGCCGACCUUCGGCUACAUCGAGAGGGAGGACCUGGAGAAGUACACCUUCAGCUUCGACGCCUUCUUCGGAAACCCCAAAGCCAUGACGCCCGGGGUCAGAGUCCACUUCACCGCCUGCAAGGAGAAGAACAGUCUGAUAGCGACGGACGUGAAAGUGGCUCCAGGUGGAACGGAGAACGUGGACACGGAGAUCUACGAGGCCGUGGUCAGCCAGCCCCUCGUGGAGCCUCAGCCCGGCGAGCGCCACUACCUCGGGCAGGUCCACGUGGACAUCGGGCCCCUGAGGACCAACCUGCCGUUCGACAGGAAGGACAGCACGGUGACGCUGCUGAAGAACGACCAGGUGCUGAUCAACCUGCUGACCGACAUCGUCACGGAGAAGAGGAGGGCCACCAACAUCAAGCCCCAGAUCCCCGCCACCUUCAGCCUCACCAAGGAGACCAGGGAGACGGGCGUCAUCAUCAGCCUUAAGGACAGCGAGGGCGUCAUCAAGUCGGAAGAGCACGGCGAGCUUCCCUUCGACGUCAAGGAGAACUUCAGCGACAUUGAGUUCAACGCCGAGGACAUCAACGAGGAGGUCGAGUUCACCCUGCUCACGCGGAAAGCGGGUAAGCGAGCGAUCAGGAUCCGGCGGGUGAAGGAGCCCCUCCUCCUGACGUUCAGCGCCGCCACAGCCGCGGCUGCCGCCGCCAUCGCCGCCACCUCCGAAGAGGCCGAGGCCCAAAACACAGACGGCGACAGUGGAGACGACUCUUCCAAGUCGGUGAAAGUUAAGGCCGCACCCAGGCUGGAGCUGGGGCCCACCAGAGUCCUGGACCCGGAGCUGUACGAGGGCAUCGUCAGCCAGCCAAUCAUCGAGCCCACGCCCACCAUGCAGGGUUACCCGGGUCAGAUCCACGCCAACAUCGGCCCCGUCCGGACCAACGUGACCUUCGACCACCGGGACUGUGGCGUCACGCUCCUGAAGAAUGACCACGUGUUGAUCAACCUGCUGGUCGACAUGGUGACCAGAAAGAGGAGAGCUGCCAACAUCAAGCCCAAAUCCCGUUCACCUUCAGCUACACCAAAGAGAAGAGAGAGCUGGGCAUCAUCACCUGUCUGGGAGCUGAAGAAGGCAUCGUGAACUCUGAGGAGCACGGAGAGCUUCCCUUCGACGUCUGUGAGAACUUCAGCGACACAGAGUUCAGCACCGCAGACAUCCACAAGGAGG